AUGUCAAAUUUGGGAAGUGAGAAAGAUAUUCGUUCUGGGGAUUCAGAUGCACCUGAUUCUCCUUUAAAUAGAUCUCAAGGGAAUUCCAGCAUCAGACAUAAUGAUUCUCAACCACCUACCCCUGGUACUCCUGGUAGAAUAAAUAGCCUUAGAUCUACUCCAACCCAUCAGCAAAGAAUCAACCAAAGUGAUGGCAAUAUUGUUCCCGACAGUUCUGAUGGGAUGUCUUCCCCAAAAAGAAAUCUUGGAACGAGUCCAUAUAUUGGACUGAGUGAAAUUGAUUUGUCAUCACCUCUUAAUUAUGGAACUCCAAGUUCUCUUGGAUCAGUCAGAACCCCCAGAUCGACCAUUCACGAAACUCCUAUAAGAUUGAGACCAGACUUACGUAUGGAAAGAAGAAUUAGAACAGUUAAUGUUGACUCUGAGCAUUAUGCAAAUAGUCCUGCAAUGAAUGGAGAACUACCUUCGACAGAAGAAGACAAUAAUGGUGAUGCACAAUUGGUAAUUUGGGGAACCGAUGUGAUUGUGAGUCAUUGUAAAAAAAAAUUUAAAAAGUUUAUCAUUUCUUUCAUGCAAUGUUACACUGACAUUGAUGAAAGAUGCGAAGGAAUCAACACAGAAGAACCAUUUUAUCUCCAAAAAUUAAGAGAGAUAAAUACUUUAGAAGAACCUUUUUUAAAUCUUAAUUGUGAACACUUAAAACUAUUUGACACCACAUUGUACCAGCAAUUAGUCAGUUAUCCUCAAGAAGUCAUUCCUAUAUUUGAUAUGACCGUUAAUGAAAUGUUUUUUGAACGAUAUCCAGAUGCAGUUUUAAAAUUUCAAAUUCAAGUCAGACCAUUCAAUGUUCAAAAGACUGAUAGUAUGAGAUCUCUCAAUCCUGAAGAUGUGGAUCAACUCAUAACAGUCAGUGGUAUGGUGAUAAGAACAUCAAAUGUUAGUCCAGAAAUGAGGGAGGCACUUUUUCGUUGUAGUGUAUGCGAUAAAGAAUGCGAUGUAGAGAUUGAUCGAGGACGCAUAAUUGAACCAAACUAUUGUGAUUCUUGCAAUACAAAUUAUUCUUUUCAGUUAAUUCAUAAUAGAUGUACUUUCACUGAUAGACAAAUGAUUAAACUUCAAGAAUCACCAGAAAAUAUGCCUCCUGGUCAAACUCCGCAUACCAUUAUUUUGUUUGCACAUAACAAUUUGGUGGAUUUUGUUCAAUCUGGAGAUCGUGUCACUGUAACCGGAAUUUAUAGGGCUUUACCAAUUCAAGCUAAUCCUAGAAUGAGGAAUGUUAGGGCUGCUUAUAGAACACACGUUGAUGUUUUACAUUUUCGAAAAUUAAGUAAAAAAAGGCUUUAUGAUUUUAGUGAUGGAACAAUGCAUGCUUUUCCACCUGAACGAAUGGAAGAAAUCAAAUUAUUAUCGGAAAAAGACGAUUUAUAUGAAAGAUUGGCUAGAGCUAUUGCUCCAUCCAUAUAUGAAAACAUCGAUAUAAAAAAAGGAAUAUUACUUCAGCUUUUCGGUGGCACUAAAAAAGAUUUUCAAACUUGUGGUAGAAAAAAUUUCAGGGCAGACAUUAAUAUUCUUCUUUGUGGUGAUCCCGGAACUAGUAAGUCUCAAUUGUUACAAUAUGUAUAUAAUUUAUUGCCUCGUAGUCAGUAUACAUCCGGUAAAGGAUCUUCAGCUGUGGGUUUAACUGCUUACGUAACAAAAGAUCCUGAAACUAGACAAAUCGUCCUACAAACGGGAGCUUUGGUUUUGGCAGAUAAUGGAGUUUGUUGCAUUGACGAAUUCGACAAAAUGAACGAUUCUACCAGAAGUGUUUUACAUGAAGUAAUGGAACAGCAAACUCUUAGUAUAGCAAAAGCUGGUAUAAUAUGUCAGCUGAAUGCGAGAACUUCUAUAUUAGCCGCUGCCAAUCCUAUAGAAUCUCAAUGGAAUAAAAAUAAAACGAUAAUUGAAAAUAUAAAUCUUCCUCACACUUUAAUGUCUAGAUUUGAUUUAAUAUUUUUAAUUUUGGAUCCACAAAAUGAAAUUUAUGAUAGACGACUAGCUCGCCAUUUGGUUUCAUUAUAUUUUAAUCAGACAGAAAUUGAAGAAGAACAGUACACGGAUAUGUCUCUUCUUCGGGAUUAUAUUGCUUAUGCAAAGGAACAUGUUUAUCCAAAACUAACUUCGGAUUCAAAGGACAAAUUAAUAACUGCUUACGUAGAAAUGAGAAAAUUAGGGUCGGGAAAAGGACACAUUUCAGCUUAUCCUCGACAAUUAGAAUCUUUAAUAAGGUUAGCUGAAGCUCACGCAAAAGUGAGAUUAUCAGAAACGGUUGAUGUUCAAGAUGUCGAAGAAGCCUACAGACUUCAUAGGGAAGCCGUCAAGCAGUCGGCUACUGAUCCUUUAUCUGGUAAGAUAGAUGUUGGAAUUCUUACAACGGGAAUCAGUACAGCAGCCAGGAAAAAGAGAAUAGAAGUAGCAGAAGCAUUGAAAAAAUUAAUUGAAAAUAGUGCUAAAAUUACUCCAACUCUUAAUUUAAGCAAAUUAUUGAAUGAAUUUCGUCAAACUUCUCAACUUAUGAUAACGAAAGAAAUGUUCGAAGAUGCAAUUAAAGAUUUACAAGAUGAUAAAAUAAUAACUAUGAUAAAUAAAAAUGCUAUAAGGUUUAACAAAUAA